GAUUUCAACUCUUCUUACCUACUCCAACAAACUAAAACAAAAUGUCUCUCGAUCAGGAAUUCCAACAGGUCUCCGGCUCAGUGAGGAACUGGAAGACCAGGCCAUCAGACAGCGAGAACCUGGCACUCUACUCCCUGUACAAACAGGCUACCGUCGGUGAUGUUAACAUUGCUGCGCCCAGCGGUGUGGUAGAAAGCGCGAAGUUCAACGCGUGGACCGGACGUAAAGGCAUCUCCCAGGACGACGCCAAGCAGCAGUACAUCGACUUGGCCAAACAGCUGCAGUCCAAAUACGGCUAAAUUAUUUUUAAUUAAUUUAAGUUUAGAACUUUCUCGUUACUGAUCAUUAUUAUGUAUAACUAUUUGUAUAUAAGCACAUUUUUGGUUUAUUAAAACAAAAUUUGUUAAUUUA